AUGCGCUCCGGCAAUUCACAUGUCACCACCACUCAGAGACGUCCCGAGAGGAAGUCUACACUCACCCAUGAACAAAUAAAUGAGUGGCUUCUCACAAAUGGUUUGGAUGUACAACUUGAGGCACAACGUGAAUAUAUCGGUUUUGAUCGUCUGGCUCACGACGAUUGUGAUAUUCUUAACCCUGGAACCGGUUGUGGUAUGGUAGAACACACUAUCGGGGAGCUGACUAGGGUUGUGGGAGACUUUUUUCUGACAGUCUACCCAUUAAGCAUCUUACAAGAGUGUGCUUCCAAAGACCAAGAUCAAAAUGAUGAUGAUGAUAAUGACUAUCAAUCAUCUGCCAGCUCCUCUCAAUCUGGUAACAAAGGAGAGAGUAUGGUCUACAAAAGGCAGGAUGAGAGGUACAUUUCGAAGCAUGAUGAGCCCCAAGACAGUUCAGAUUCAGACCGUCUCCCACACUCUCUAGCAAAGGCAUAUAAGACAAUUUCUUUGAUACCUCAGAUGGUACAUUCAAACAAGGACAACAUCCUUGAUAGUAGAGCUGAAUUCCUCAAUAGAAGCAGACUUGACAUAGAUAUUGUGGACAACGACACUGCAAACAGUCUGAGAAGUAUUUUGGAAGGAACCAUCAAGGGCCAUACUCCCAGGACAAUUCUGGAAGCCGCCAGGACACAAAUCAACACACAGAGGACAAACAAGACUUCUGAGUUGACUGGACAAGAUAUAUUGACAAGUAUGGGUUUUAAGGGAGAACAAGAUCAAAUGACCGCUAUAGAAAUUGCUUCCCAUAGGUUGCAGCUCUCAGCUCUAGCCAUUGGGUACAUCACCAUCAAGGCGGUCAAUUACUCAUGGGCAGCCUCUGAUGUACUAAGUGUCCGAAAAUUGGAGAAAGAGCUCUGUGAAGGGAUUAGCAAUGAUCAGGAAUUCACAAAAGAUCUGAUAAUGAAGCAAUCAUGA